AACAGCUGAGAGAACAGGACAGAGAUGUGGGUUUAACGGGACAAGAACAGUGACAAACUGUUAACGAAGACUUGAGGUCCCUGUUGGUCCGGCUCAGACAUGGACGCCGUCCGGUUGAUGAAGGAGCUGAGGACGAACCACGAGCAGGAGGUGCUCUACCUGCCCAAAGAGACGGGCCUGAUGCUCAUCGAGUCUGCCGCAGAGGGCGACAGCCGGAUCUCGGCGAGGGGCAGAGACGUGGCGGUGGAGGAUCUGUGGAGUCUGACCAGCUUCUUUGGUUACAGCACGCACACCUUCGUCCUGGCCGUGAACCUGCUGGACAGAUUCCUGGCCUUGAUUAAACCCUCCGUCCUCGCCCUGUCCCUCCUGAAGCAGGAGAUCCAAGCCGUCCGGUCUGAGGACCUGCUGGAGAUCGCCUCCCACAUCCAGAGACACCUGAAGAUCCCUGACAGCUACCUGCAGCUGUGGAGCGAGCGGGUGGCCCGCUGCCUGUCCGACUACGCCUCYCCUGAGUGCAGCAAGCCCGACCACAGGAAGCUGCAGUGGGUCGUGUCCCGGAGGACCGCCCAGAACCUGCACAGCCACCGCAGUGUCCCCGAGCUGCCCACCAUCCCUGAGGACUGCUGGGACGAGAGCGAGAGCGAGGACUCCAGCGAGGACGUGAUGAGUUCGGGGGAGGAGUCUCUCAGCAGCUCUCUGGGCAGCGACGCAGAGGGUCCUUACUUCCCGCUGCACCUGCAGCAGAGGCUCCGCCCAUACCUGACCGCCUGAAGCCACACCCACUUCGCUGCCCCUCCUCUUCCUUUCUUUGAUUUAUUUUUGGGAAAGCCGUGGCGCCGGUGGAAACUCCUCGCACAAGAACCGGCAGCCAAGCCGUCCUGCGCUCAGACUCAGAUCAUUUAAUAUUUUUCUAACCGUAGACGUGUUUGGUGCAUGCAGACACGACAUUCCAGGAUGUGCAGACUCAGUCGGGCCUGCAGCGGUCCGUUAGGUGCUUCUAUUAAUAAUAAUAAUAAUAAUUCUCAGAACAGACUGCGACAAAAUCUGCCUAAAAACUGUUUGUUUAUCUCAAAGAAAGUUUGACUGUUAGGAACCUUCAGUGUCUGAUCGCUGCUUUUCUUUCUCUUUGUUUAUUUUGCACAGUUUGUUCUGGUUCAACUUCCUGUCYAGUGUUUUCAAACCAGUCCUCAGAGUCCGGUUUUAUAUUUAAUUUUUAUUUGAAAGUUGCCAACCUGAUGUCGCUGAAAUCCAACAGGUUUUGUAAAAGAGAGCGAGUGUUGUCUGAAACUAAAUAAUGCUGAAUGAGUGGAGAAAAAAAACAAAAAUGUUCAUAUAAAAAUGUGUAAAACUGUAAAUGAUGUAAAAAAAAGCUGUUAAUAGUUUGUUGUAGAUAUUAAGUUAUUUAUUGUUUUUGUCACAAGAUCUGAAGAAGAAAAUCUUAUAAAAAAUCUAUUUUUAAACGUU